UUACCAGAUGUAGAAGUCACUGUGAAAAGGCAAAAGCCUGGAAGCCCUGCAAUAACUCUUCAGAUCAAAAAUCCUCCAGCCGAAAUAUCCGUGGACAUCAUCUUGACACUGGAAGUGCAGCACAGCUGGCCGCCCAGCACACAGGACGGCCUCAAAAUUGAGCAGUGGCUGGGGACAAAAGUCAGGCGAGAGUUCAGAAAUAAAUCACUUUAUUUAGUAGCCAAACAAAACAAACAAGACAAGGUUCUAAGAGGGAACACUUGGCGACUCUCUUUCUCCCAUAUUGAGAAGGCAAUGAUAACCAACCACAGCAGCUCCAAGACGUGCUGUGAAUCCGACGGAUCAAAGUGCUGCAGGAAAGGCUGUCUUAAGCUUCUGAAGUAUCUUCUAGAGCAACUUAAAAUGAAGUACACAAAAGAGCUGGAAAAAUUCUAUUCCUAUCAUGUGAAAACUGCUUUUUUCCACUCGUGUGCCAUGUGGCCGAAGGACACGGACUGGCACUGGGAAGACCUGGAACACUGCUUUCAGAAAUACCUGGGAUAUUUUCUGGAUUGCCUGAAAAAGUCUCAGCUGCCACACUUUUUUAUUCCCCAAUACAACUUGCUCAGCCUGGAAAACAAAGCGAGCAAUGCUUUCCUUUCAAGAAAAAUAAAUGAGCAAUUGAACAACGGAUUCCCCAUAUUUCAUGAGAGGUACUGA